AUGGCGAGCGACAUUUUAAGUAUCGGAGGUGCCCCGAUCUUUGACAAUCGUAUCGUGAGAAUAGAAACCCACACUUACAAUCCGUACGCUAACACCACGUUCGGAUACAGCGACGAGAUACGAAUACCUAUACAACAACAGGAUCUUUAUGAGAGAGAUAGAGCUUUACAGAACACCGGAUGGGAAAUACCGCCUGUAGCGUUGGACGAUUUCAACUUUUGCGUGCCUCUCAACGUACUCCUCGGUUUCUGCGAGGAUUACAAACGCAUAGUGAUAAACGCGCGACACGAACUCAUUCUGAUACGCGCUUGCAACGAUAACAAUUGCGUCGUGGCGCAUUCAGAUCAGAGACCGAAGAUCACGUUGUUGAGAAUACAGUGGCGAAUGCCACACGUGAUACUGAAUGACGUUAAUAAACUGUCGCUUCUGCGAACGUUGGACAGCAGACGUUAUUUGAGCAUAGGUUUUCGUUCGUGGGAUCUGUACGAAUUUUCACUGUUGCAAAGUACGACCAAGCAUUCGUGGGUGGUAAAAGCGGCAACGCAAUUGGAGAAAUCGCGAUACGUGAUCUUCGCGCUACAGACCGGAAGGAAAAACAUACCGUCGGAAGACGUUUCUAAAUUCGACGAUUGCAAAUUGACUAAUGUAAAACUCUAUUUGAAUUCCGAGUUCUAUCCCUACGACGAUAUGAAUCUAGAUUUCGAGCAUAACAAAUUCGCAAUGCUGUACGAUAUGUAUCUGAAAUUUCGAAAGACGUAUUACGGGUGCGAGACUUGCGAACCGUUUAUGACUGUCACUAGAUUUCUGCAAUACGGUCCGCUCGUGGUCAUCGAUUGCUCCCUCCAGAACAAAUCGAUCAAGAGCGCCACCGUCGACGUUCGCAUAGAAUUCGAAUGCAAAGAAAACGUUCCAGCUAACACAACGGCUUAUUGUCUCAUCAUUCACGAUAGAGUUAGAAUAUAA